AUGUCUCUCGCAAACAAACUCUCCAUCACAGACCUCGACCUCAAGGGCAAACGCGUCCUCAUCCGCGUCGACUUCAAUGUCCCCAUGCAGGAUGGCAAGGUCACCAAUCCCGCUCGUAUUGUUGCAGCUCUCCCCACCGUGAAGUAUGCCUUGGACAAUGGUGCCUCCAAGGUCAUCUUAAUGUCUCACCUUGGCCGUCCGAAUGGCCAAGUCGUUCCCAAAUACUCUCUCGAACCGGUCGCGGCAGAGGCUGAGAAACACCUCGGCAAGCCGAUCAUUUUCGUGCACGAAUCUGUUGGCCCCGAUGUCGAAAAGACCAUCAAUGAGGCUGCUCCAGGCUCCGUCAUUCUUCUCGAAAACCUGCGGUUCCACCUGGAGGAGGAGGGAUCAGCCAAAGACAAGGACGGAAAGAAGACCAAGGCAGACCCUGCCAAGGUAAACGAGUUCCGAGAGGGCUUGACCAAGCUUGGAGAUGUCUACGUCAACGACGCCUUUGGAACUGCUCACCGUGCACAUUCUAGUAUGGUCGGCGUUAAGCUGCCUCAGCGCGCUGCCGGCUUCCUCAUGAAGAAGGAGCUUGACUACUUCGCCAAGGCCCUCGAGAGCCCCGAACGUCCGUUCCUCGCGAUCCUUGGUGGUGCCAAGGUUUCGGACAAGAUCCAGCUGAUUGAGAACAUGCUGGACAAGGUAAACUCGCUGAUCAUCUGUGGUGGAAUGGCCUUCACUUUCAAGAAGACUCUCGAUAACGUAUCGAUUGGCAACUCGCUUUUCGAUGCCGCUGGCGCGGAAAAGGUUGCAAGCCUUGUGGAGAAAGCAAAGGCGAACAACAUCAAAGUUGUCUUCCCGAUAGACUUCAUCACCGCAGAUAAGUUUGACAAGAAUGCAACUACCGGAACUGCCGAUGACACGAACGGCAUUCCGGAGGGCUGGAUGGGUCUUGAUUCUGGCCCCAAGAGCCGGGAAUUGUUCAAGGCCACUGUUUUGGAGGCCAAGACGAUCCUCUGGAAUGGCCCACCAGGUGUGUUUGAAUUCCCAGCCUUUGCCGAAGGUUCCAAGGCGCUUCUCGAUGCAACAAUCGAGGCUGUCCAGAAAGGUGCCACUGUCAUCAUCGGUGGAGGUGACACUGCGACGGUAGCUGCUCAGUAUGAUGCUGAGGACAAGCUGAGCCACGUCAGCACAGGUGGUGGCGCCAGUCUCGAGCUGCUUGAGGGAAAGACCCUGCCCGGUGUUGCGGAGCUCAGCCAGAAGUAA